AUGCCAAACGUGGAUACCCGGGCGGAGAUAAUUUGUGCCCCAACAAUCCUUCUCUUCAGCUCUGUGUUUCUUAUUGCCUGGAAUUCCACCUUUCCGUCCGCGACAGAGAAGUUACUUUGGCGUAUCACUAGUGUGAAUACAUUGGCCUUUGCGUUGGUUGGAGGCCCUCUUUCACUAUACUUUCAUAGAAAAAUGUUUCGGCCGGAGUUAACAAAAGCAAGGGCACAAGCUACAAUGAAGCGGAAAAGAGGGUCUAAAAACAGAUGGAUCAGCCGUCUCGCUGCAAGGCUUAGGAAUAUUGAUCCUGAGCUGGAUCCUAACUUGGAAAUCCCCCUUCGUGCUUUGAUGCCAGUUUCUUUUGUCUGUGCCUUUUAUUGUGUGGGUCGAGGAUUUAUCUUAACGGAAGACUUGAUUGGACUGAGGAUCAUGCCGGAGAGUGCGUAUCAAACUGUCUCAUGGUCAAAAUACUUACCGCAUUGGUAA